AUGAGUGGGGCAACCUUCACCGCCAGCCAGGUUCUCAGGGGCAUCGGGACCGGGUUCUGGUACUCCCGUGUCCAUCUCUUCAAGUCGUACUGUGUGAUUCCCGUGGGGAUUCUCAUUCUAUUCACCAUUUUGUACGGGCUCAACCAGCUCCUCGUGAACGUCAUCAAAAUCAAGUUCCCCAGCUCGGUCCUUGGGAUGUUGAUCAACUUGAUUUUCCUCUGUGUGGUCAAUGCUCUUGCCGCAGGCACCUCUGGCAAGGUGAGCCACUGGGCAGCGUGGGUUCUCGACCACUACAUGCGGAUCAUCAAGCCGUCGAUGAACUUCUCGUUGAAAUGGAUCAACGUGUUCUUCAUUCCGUCUUUCAUCAUCUUGCCGCUCUCCAAGCACAUCACCUUCAUCGAAUGUCUCAAGAUCGCCGCCGUGUUUGCCAUAGGAUGGAUCAUAUUGAUGUUGAUCGAUGUGUAUUUCAUUUUGGGGUUGAAGUACGCCUUGAUGAGUCUCAGCUUAUUCACCCCGGAAGAGGCCCACAAGAACGACGACACAGAGUUGCUGGACUUGCGGAAGAAGUCCUCUCAAGAGGACACCAACGACGGUGGAUUCACCAGCAUGCGUGACGAUAUCACCACCAUCGAUACAAAUUUGCAGAGACACUCCAAAACCCGUUCUCUUUCGAUCAACGAAAACCCAUUCAACACUCAGGAAGAAAUCCCCCGGCCAAGCGUGGAAAGACCGGCUCCCACGUACCAGAACAGCCCCAGGUGCCAGCACACAGACUUCAGCACCCCCAACUCUCGCCAGAGCACGCCGUCAGAUCUGGCCACAUCCAUAUCUGUACCCUUGCCCGAGACUUCCACACCUCCGAGUGCAACACCACCCCCAUCGUCGAUUUCCGAGUACGAGAAUUCUCCCGUGGAGCAGAAGAUAACCAUUUUUAUCACAAGUUAUAUUGAUUGGAUCGUGUACUUGUUUCUCUUCGUGGUGUCUAUUCCUUUCUACUACAUCAAGUCCAUCCACACAUUUUUGCCCUACCAUUUGGGGCUCACCAUCGUGUCUUACUACAUUGCUUUGUUGAUCCCUCAAAGAUGGCCAGCAUCCAAGAAGUUUGCUCAUCCUAUUUUGGUUCUGACGGCCGAAAUUCUCUUUGUUUGCUUUAUAGGCUCCCUCAUUUUCCAUUCUGGAAGCCCCAAGGGAUUUCUUGACGACUUGAGAUUCUAUAAGACCGGAAAGAAUUAUUUGAACUUGUUCAACAACAAAGUAUUGAUUGACAACGGAAGCCAACACCUGAUCCCAGUGGAAGACUACACUUCCACCCCCAAAUGGCCGGGAUGUGGUGAUGUGUUGUCGUCCUUGAUGGACAUCUCAAUUGUUUCUUUGUCGUUGCCCAUGUUCACCCACCGUAAGGAUUUCGUUAAGAACUUUUGGGUGUUGAUGCCUCCAAUUUUGGUGUCAAUUGCCUUGACAUUCUUCAUUUAUCCUAUAGUCUGUUACAAUAUUGGAAUAGCUCCAGAGCGUUCCAUUGGCUUCAUAGGAAGAUCGGUGACCCUUGCCUUGGGUACUCCUUUGAUCAAUAAUUUGGAAGGUUCGGUAUCUCUAAUGGCAGUUUGCACCAUUUUGAGUGGAAUCUGUGGAGUGUUGAUCGGAGAUCAUUUCUUCGCCUUAUUGAGGGUUUCCAAGAAUGAUUAUGUCACCAGGGGAGUUUCUUUGGGGAUUAAUUGCGGAGCUAUUGCUACUGCUCACUUGUUAAACACUGAUCCCAGAGCAGCGAGUAUGAGUUCGUUAAGCUUUUCUCUGUUUGGUACGGUUAUGAUUAUUCUAGCGUCCAUUGGAGCGAUUAGAGAUGAGAUCAGAUCGUUAGUGGGUCUAGCCUGA